AUCAUCAAGCUACUUGUCAUCUCAGAAACACUACCUUUUCCAAGUAGCAAAAGCAGGAAAGCAUGUAACCAGAAAAACAAAAGAAAAGAAAGAAGACGUGUUCCUUAAGUUAGUCCUCAAAACCAUUUUUUUUUUUUUUAACAACGAUAGUCCGAGUUCCUUAAUAACACCUUUGUCAGUGACCUGUAAUAUCUUGAUUGGAUUACCGCUAAAUAGGAAGAAACAAAGCAACCAUCAGUUUGACAUUUAAUUGUGCUAGAAAGAAAGGAAAAAAGAGAGAAGGAGAAAGAAGAAAGAAGAAAGAACAGAGCAGCUGAGCUUGAGUGGAUUAAUGCUGACCUGCUGUAUUUAUUUACUAAUUUAAGAUUUCAACAUCAACCCAUUUCAAAACAUGUCCAGGUCCUUCAUGUUUGACAAAGUAACAAUACAGUGCUGAAUUUGACCAAAAGAUCUUCAGAAUUUCAUAGCUGGAGCUUUUAAACCACCAUGUAGUGUUUCUAUCAUUUUUGCUGAUGGAAGAACACGCAAACAGGUUCCAUUAAAGAAGGAAAAUGGCCAAACGGCCAUGGUUCCUCUCUUCCAAAGUCAAGAAAACAUUGUUGGGGAGGUUGUUAUAGAACCAGUUCACGGGAAGAAGGUUGAACACAAUGGUGUUAAAAUCGAGCUGCUUGGUCAAAUAGAAUUGUAUUUUGAUCGAGGCAACUAUUAUGAUUUUACAUCUCUUGUGCGUGAACUUGAUGUACCUGGAGAAUUAUAUGAAAGAAAGACAUAUCCCUUUGAAUUUUCUACUGUGGAAAUGCCGUAUGAGUCCUACAAUGGAGUGAAUGUGAGGCUUAGGUAUAUAUUGAAAGUGACAAUCAGUCGAAAUUAUGUCAGCAACAUUGUCGAGAACCAGGAUUUUGUGGUUCACAACUACACUCCGCUUCCAUCAAUCAAUAACAGCAUCAAGAUGGAAGUUGGAAUUGAGGACUGUCUUCAUAUUGAAUUUGAAUACAGUAAAAGCAAGUACCACUUGAAGGAUGUCAUCGUUGGCAAAAUAUAUUUUCUUCUGAUGAGAAUUCAGAUUAAGAAUAUGGAGCUUGAGAUCAGGCGCCGUGAGUUGACGGGAUCGGGGCCUAAUACAUAUGUUGAGACAGAGACCUUUGCAAAAUUUGAAUUGAUGGAUGGUGUUCCUGUCAGAGGUGAAUCGAUUCCAGUAAGACUGUUCCUGAGUCCAUACGAGUUGACACCCACAUAUCGCAACAUUAACAACAAAAUCAGUGUGAGGUACUACUUGAAUCUUGUUCUAGUUGACGAAGAAGAUCGAUGGUGUUUUAAGCAGCAAGAAAUCACAGUUUAUCGGCUUCUUCCAACUCCCUGAAUGAGUGUCCAUUUUAGAGGAGCUCAGAAAUUUUAUCAUGACAGGAAAAUAGGAGCAGUACCUUAGCAAGUAGCUUGCUUCUUUGAAGGACCAAGGAUUCAGAUUUGUCAUGGAGAGAGAUUUCCCUGUUUUCGUGUUGAUGAUGCCCUUCUUGAUUUUGACCAGUGAAACACAUCUGAUGGCAAAAACCUUUCCAUGUCUGGGAUACUUGGAACUGCAAAAACCUACGCUCUGAAUUUGAAAAAAAAUCUGUUUUAUUUAUUUAUUUA